AGCCGCCUCUGGUGUUUAUUUUUGUUGUUGGUGAUGUCGCUGACUAUUGUUUUUGGGUUUUUCUUCAUAGCUCUCACAAUGUUUCUGUCAUCAACAACUGCUGUUGUUUUCCUUGGUCGAUCUGUUCCCCGUCUGGCUGUCAGUACAGCAUUGGUUUCCUUCUUUUUCAGGACAUUCCAGAUUGUUCUAUUGGCUAUGCCCAAUACUUGUCAAAUGGCUCUGAUAGAUUUUCUCUCUUUUUCUCAGCUUCAAAAUGGCUUGCUUUUCUCCCAUAGACAGCUCUCUGAUCUUCAUGUUGGUUUAUCCUUCAUAACAAAUAUGGUCUUCACAGGUGAAAUCUAGGGCUCAAACCACGAGUACACAUUCAGAGCUAUUAAUUCUUUAAACAAUCAAUGUAACAGGUCACAACCGGGCAGCAAAAAACACCUCUCAGGUACGUGUUCCGAUAUUUCUGAUCACUUGCAAAAUUGGGUGGGUUCAACACACAUCUGGAUGUAAAUAUGAGGACAUGAUCUUGCUGUUCCGACACUUUCGGAGAGGACUCUUCAUCUGUUCAGUUUAUGUCAGACUACUUUGCAGGUCCCUGUGUUAACAGAAUCUAAUUAUUAUGGCAGAAUCAUGAUUUCGUUCAGUGUUGAGUCUGUAAAAAUGCAGUAUGACAAAUCUGCUCAUGAAAAUAUAUCAUAUUUCAUUCAAUAAUACUGUAUUAGUACGUGUAAAAUCUCUUAGAGUUUAAAUCUCUAAGAGAUUUAAUGAGUCUUACAGAGUCAUUAACUCUUAAUGAGUAGGUUUAAGCAAUACAUUUGUAAUAACUUACUGUACCGUCACAUGUGCACGUUACAAAUUUGCAUUGGUGUAGACCACACUUGUCCCUCUGUGGAGGCAGAUAUAAAGCCACUCAGCAUCACACACCCUUAUAUUCAAACAAGUCUCAUAUAGGGCAAGGCAACCCUGAACUAUGCAGAUCCAAGUAGUCACCGUUGCAGCAUUGCUGUUUUGCUGUGGACUGAUAUAUGUGGUCAUUUGGAACAGGAUGUCUAGUUCCUAUGUAGACCAUCAUCCGACAAGGAAACCGCAAUUCUUUUGGGGAGCGCUUAUAACCCCUACUGUGACGCCGUUGCUGAAUUUGUCUUCUGGAAAAACAACGGAAGGAGCGUCGGUGAAUCGUGCGACUUUAAGGACGUCGGAGCUUAAACAUCCGAUCAACAUAACUCCAAUUCCCAUCCUCUAUAAGAAAAAGUUCACAAAGUUGCCCAAGUGGGACUUCGAUGAGGUCUAUAUGCAGAGGAGUGAAGCACGACGGCCGGUCUGUUCAAAGUCUCUCCAGAACUCCAAAGAUAAAGAGUUUCAGGAGGCUGCGAUGUGGAAUAUCCAGCUUUGGCUUCACAACGGCCACCUCAAUGUGAGCGAGUGGAACCGUAUGGCGCACUUCAACAACCCGUAUGGGUUUAUGGAAUAUAAUUAUACCGACAUCAAAAGGUCAGUCGAUUUGAUCCCGAAGCCUAAAUACUAUCAGCUUUUACCAGUGCCCAGUGGGUCAACCGAUGGAUGCAUUCGCUGCGCUGUAGUUGGCACCGGUGGCAUUCUCAACGGCUCCAGAAUGGGCACCGAGAUCGACUCUCACGAUUACGUCUUUCGAGUGAACGGAGCGGUCACCAAAGGCUUCGAGGAAGAUGUUGGAAAUAAAACCUCGGUGUACGUGCACACGUCGUUCUCCUUAAGUCAGUCUAUUAUAGGACUGGGAAAGUACGGCUUCAAACGCAUUCCACAUGACGAGGGAAUUAUAUACGUAAUGAUUCCGGAGGGUCUCAGAGAUUUCGAGUGGCUUGAAGGCCUCCUGGGGAAAAAGAGGAUGACGUACGGAUCCUACAAAGGUUACAGGCCGUUUACCUUCUACAGCGACCGGUUCCGAGAGGAUAAAUUUUAUGUCCUUCAUCCUGACUUUCUAAGAUACAUUCGGACCAGAUUCCUGCCAUCUAAAACUCUGGAGACGUCACACUGGGCAAUAUACCGACCGACCAAUGGAGCGUUCACGUUGUUCUUAGCUCUUCACACCUGUGAUAUCGUAAAUGCGUAUGGAUUCAUCACUGCAGACCACAGCAAAUACCCCAACUAUUACUUUCACAGAAACACAAAAUCCAGAGUCAUUUUUUACAUCAAUCAUGACUAUAAUGUGGAGAUUAAAACCUGGAAGAAGCUGCAUGACGCUGGAAUCAUCAACCUUUACCAAAGACAGGAAAAACCGAACCCGACUGUGACUUAAUGAACACUUAUUUCUGUAUUACUGUAUAUACAUGCACUUAGGUAAAUACAGCUAGGGCAGAGACGUCCAGUGUAUUUUUUAAAAACAUUUUUUUAAAUCAUUUGUUGUUUUUUUUGAUAAUAUAAUAUGGCUGUGUUACUUACAGAAUUAGUGGGUCAUUCAAGUUUUGUUCCACAAUGUGGAAAAGUUGUGCUUCAGCUGUUUUUCCCCCUCUUUGAUUUCAACCUAAUUAAAAUAUGUUUCCUGGGGAAAAAAAAUAAAAUAAAAAAAAAAUUCAUCAUAUAUCCAAAACAGUCAGGGCAUUUUUAGUUACUGUCUGAUCUUUUCUUGUUCUAAUUAUAUACAAGUAUUGCAUAGUAAAAAUGACCGUAUAAAUAUAACACUUAAAAUAAACUCUGUUUCUACUUUGAAAACAAUAUGAAUAUUUCUGCAUUUUCCGCAAAUUAGUCUAUAACCCAGUAAUUAUGGCUUUCUGCCAGCAGGUGGCGCUUUCAGACUAUAGCAUCUGCAGAGUUUUUUUUUUUUUUUUUAACGAUUUGUGGAAGCAUGCAAAUGAGUUUGACCUUUAAGUUAGACAUCUGUAUAGGUAAACAAUGAUCUUGAAUUAUACACACACACACACACAUAUGUAUAUAUCAGCCAUAACAUUAAAACCACCUCCCUUAUAUCGUGUAGGUCCGCCUUGUGCCACCAAAACACCUCUGACCCAUUGAGGCAUGGACUCCACCAGACCUUUGAAGGUGUGCUGUGGUAUCUGGCACCAAGACAUUAGCAGUAGAUCCUUUAAGUCCUGUAAGUUGUGAGGUAGGGCCUCCGUGGAUUGGACUUUUUUGUCCAGAACAUCCCACAGAUUCUCGAUCAGAUUGAGAUCUGGGGAAAUUGGAGGCCGAGUCAACGUCUUGAACUCUUUGUCAUGUUCCUCAAACCAUUCCUGAACAAUUUUUGCAGUGUGUCAGGAUCCAUUAUCCUGCUGAAAGAGACCACUGACAUUAGGGAAUACUGUUGCCAUGAAAGGGGUGUACUUGGUCUGCAACAAUGUUUAGGUAGGUGGUACAUGUCAAAGUAACAUUCAUAUGAAUGCCAGGACCUAAGGUUUCUCAGCAGAACAUUGCCCAGAGCAUCACACAAGCCUCCGCCGGCUUGCUUUCUUCCCAUAGUGCACCUUGGUGUCUUCUCUUCCCCAGGUAAGUGACGCACACACACACACACCGGACUGCCACACGAUGUAAAAGAAAAUUUCUCAGACCAGGCCACCUUCUUCCAUUGCUCCAUGAUCCAAUUCUGAUACUCAUGUGCACAUUGUAGAAGCUUUUGGCAGUGGACAGGGGUUAGCAUGGGCACUCUGACUGGUCUGCUGCUAUGCAGCCCCGUACGCAGCAAGCUAUAAUACACUGUGUGUCCUGACACCUUUCUAUCAAUGCCAGCAUGAACAUAGACCAGACGGGCUAGCCGAGCAUCAAUGAGCCUCGGGCGCCCAUGACCCUGUCACCGGGUUACCGGUUGUCCUUCCUUGGUCCACUUUUGCUAGGUACUCAUCACUGCAUACCGGGAACACCCCACAAGACCUGCCGUUUUGGAGACCCAGUCGUCUAGAAAUCAUGAUCCGGCUUGCCCAUUUUUCCUGCUUCUAACACAUCAACUUCAAGAACUGACUGUUCGUUUGCUGCCAUUGUAAUGAGAUCAUCAAUGUUAUUCACUUCCCUUGUUCAUGGUUUUAAAGUUAUGGCUGAUCU